AGUGUUGAGAGAGCUGUGGUGGGGAGAGGAGGUGACGGUCCGCCCCUCUCCACUCUGACUGGAUUACUGAAGUACCAAUUUGUGAUGCUGCCCGCGGCCUGAGCGUGUGCUGAGCGGUGCUGAGGAGGAGCCAUGUGGGUGCUGAGGCCUGUGGCGGUGGUGCUGGUCUGGUUGUGGGUCGCAGAGGGCAGCAAAUUCAGCAUAGAAGAGAUACAGACGCGGAGAUUUCUUAACAAAAUUUCAGACGAUAUUUACCUGGAUCCGUGUAAAGCAGAUGGGUUCAUUAACGACAUCGCGCUGCCCGUGGAGGCCUACGAGAGGGAGCUGGAGGCGCAGAGGGCGGCGGGGGGGAUAGGCCUACCGCCCCCCUCCCCCUCCCCCCCUUCCUCCCCCCCCGCCAACACCACCCACCCCCCUCGCGACCCCCCCAGGCAGAGGAGAAAAAACCUGGCGGAGAGGAGACGGAAAAGGAGAAGGGAACAGCACAAGAAACACAGGAAGAGGAUGAGGGAGGGGAAGAGGAAGAGGAAGAAGGGAGGAGGUAGAGGAAGAGGAAAAGGAGGAGGAAGAGGAGGGCUGCGUGCUGGGGUGGGAGAGGCCGGAAGAAGAGCAGUAAGAAGAGCAAGAGCGAGAGGAAACAUGGAAGAGAGGAAGAGGCUGCGGGCGAGGGCGAGGAGAGCGGCAACGGCGAGGAAGGAGCGGGUGUGGGACUUCGGUGUCAUCCCUUACACCAUCGACUCCAACUUCACUGGCGCGGACAAGGGUCUCUUCAAGCGGGCCAUGCGACACUGGGAGAACCACACUUGUAUCCGCUUCGUGGAGAAGACGGACGAGCACCCAAACUACAUCAUCUUCACCCAGCGAGAGUGUGGGUGCUGCUCGUUCGUGGGGAAGCGAGGCAACGGUCCCCAGGCGCUGAGCAUCGGGAAGAACUGCGACAAAUUCGGCAUCGUGGUCCAUGAGCUCGGGCACGUGGUGGGCUUCUGGCACGAGCACACGAGGCCGGACAGGGACAACCACGUGGUCAUCAUUCGGGAGCACAUACAGACGGGCCAAGAUUACAACUUCAACAAGCUGACAGCGGAGGAGGUGAACUCUCUGGGUCUUCGCUACGACUUCAACUCCAUCAUGCACUACGCGAGGGCCACUUUUGCGAGGGCCACGUACUUGGACACCAUACGGCCGCGCCCUGAGCCCCACCAGGAGACGCUGCCGGAGAUCGGUCAGCGCAUCCGUCUGUCGGAGGGGGACAUCGCACAGACCAACCUCCUCUACAAGUGUCCGCAGUGCGGGCGGACCUACCAGGAGAGCUCGGCGGUGUUCAGCUCCCCGUCGUACCUGAACGCGUCGCCCCCACCCGGCGGGGAGAAGUGUGAGUGGCGCAUCACGGCCACGCACGGGGAGAGGAUCGUGCUGAAUGUGACCUCCAUGGACAUCUUCAAGAGCGACGGGUGCACCAGCGACUACCUCGAAGUGCGGGACGGCUACUGGCACAAGAGCCCCUCGCUGGGUCGGUUCUGCGGGGGUUUGCGUCUCCCCAAGAGGAUCGUGUCCACGGGUAGUCGCAUGCUGGUUACCUACGUUACGUCCGUCAGCCAGAAGGGACACCGGGGCUUCACUGCCAAUUACGAAGCGGUGUGCGGGGGUGACCUCAGCAUGGAGCAGGGCCACCUGGAGAGCCCCAACUACCCCGACGACUACGGGUCCAACAAGGAGUGUGUGUGGCGCAUCACCGUGCCCGAGGGUCACCAGGUAGCGCUGCGCUUCCACUCCUUCGAGAUCGAAGAGCACGAUGACUGUGUUUACGACUACCUGGACAUUCGCGACGGACAUGAGGAAAACGCGACGCUGAUCGGUGUGUUCUGCGGCUACAAGACGCCCGAGGAUAUCAAGUCCAUGUCCAACAAGAUGAGGAUCAAGUUUGUGACGGACGGAUCGGUGCAGAAAGCCGGGUUCUCCGCCACGUUCUUGAAAGAGUAUGAUGAGUGCUCCGGGACAGACCACGGGUGUGAGCAGAACUGCGUCAACCAGCUGGGCGGAUAUGAGUGCCGCUGCCGCAUUGGAUUUGAACUGCACAGCGACGGGAAGAGGUGUGAGGAUGCGUGUGGAGGCAGGAUCGACCAGCCUAACGGGACCAUCACCUCCCCGUCCUUCCCCGACUUCUAUCCCGUCAACAAGAACUGCAUCUGGGAGAUCAUCGCCCCGCCCCAGUACAGGAUCACACUCAACUUCACCCACUUCGACCUGGAGGGGAACAAUCAAGAUUGUGAGUACGACAGCGUGGACAUCCGCAGCAAGAUGGGGGCGAUGGAGAUGCGCAAGCAUGGUGUGUUCUGCGGCCAGUCGCUGCCGUAUGUCCUCACCUCCGAAGGGAACAGCCUCAGGAUAGAGUUCAAUUCGGACAACUCGGUGCAGAAGAGCGGAUUUGCGGCGGUCUUCUUUACUGACAAGGACGAGUGUGCCAUCGACAACGGGGGCUGCCAACACGUCUGCAAGAACACCAUCGGCUCCUACGUCUGCUCCUGCUCCAACGGCUUCACGCUGCACGAGAACGGACACGACUGCAAGGAGGGCGGAUGCAAGCACGAAAUAACCUCGCCAGUCGGGGAAAUAUUCAGUCCCAAUUAUCCCGACUACUACCCAAGCCGCAAGGAGUGUGUGUGGCAGUUCACAACCACGCCAGGACAUCGGAUUAAGCUGGUGUUUGACGAGUUUGAGAUGGAGCCCCACCAGGAGUGCACCUACGACCACAUCGCCCUGUACGACGGCACCACCUCAGAGUCCGGCUUCCUGGGGCGCUACUGUGGGGCCAAGGUGCCGCACCCUAUAGUGGCGUACAACAACCAGAUGUUCAUGGUCUUCAAGUCGGACUCCUCGGUGCAGCGGAAAGGCUUCAGGGCGAGGCAUACUACAGUCUGUGGCGGGGGUCUGAAGGCCACCAGCCGCGUCAAGCACAUGUACUCCCACGCCAAGUACGGGGACCAGAACUACGACAACAAGGAGGACUGCGACUGGAUCAUACAGGUGUCGCCCGGGGAGAACGUGCACCUCACCUUCCUCACCUUCGAGCUGGAGGACGAACAUGACUGCGGCUACGACUACGUGGAGGUGUUCUCUGGCUACAGCGACUCAGGGCCCUCCUACGGGAAGUUCUGCGGGAAUACGAUUCCACAAGAGAUCGUGUCCAUCAACGACGCCCUCCUGGUCCGCUUCCGCUCCGACGACACCAUCAACACCAAGGGCUUCUCGGCGGCGUAUGUGGCAAUCCCCGAGGAGUCCACCACAAAAAACACCUCGACAACCGACAACAACUUCAGCUACAGUUACAGCUUCUCGCGGGGCUACUGAGGAGGAGGAGGAUGAGGAGGUGGUGGUGGUAGUGUGUGGGUGUCCAUGGAAGAAGAGGGAGGAAGAGGUGAAGAAGGAGGAGGAGGAGGAGAAGGCAUUAGUGUGUGAAGUAUGAGGAGGAAGAGGAGGAGAAGGAGGAGGAAGUACUAGUGUGUGUGUGUGAAAGGAUGUGUAAGGAGGAGGAGGAGGAGGAGGAGGAUAUACUUGUGCAUGGAAAGGAGUGAAAGGGAAUAAAGGAAAGGAAAAGAAGAAGAAAGUGUAAGAUAAUGUAAUAAAAAAAAGAAAGGGGUGGGUAAGGGGUAAGGGUGCGUUCUCUUAAGUUUCCUCUUCUCUCUCCUCUUCCUCUUCCUCCUCUUUUUUUUAUUGGCUUAUUUUUUCCUCCUCUUCCUCUGUCUCUCAUCUUCUUCUUUCUCCUCUUCCUCUUCUUCCUCUUUUUUAUUGCCUUUUAUUGUUUCUUCCUCUUCCUUCCCUCUCUUCCUUCUCCUCCUCCUCCUCUGUCUCUUAUCUUCUUUCACUCCUUCCUCCCUCUUUCUCCUCCUAUUCUUCUUCCUCCUUAUCCCCCUCUUCCUCUUUCUUAUUCCCUCCUUCCAUUUCUUUCUUCCUCCUCCUCCUCUCCCUUUCUUUUAUAUAGUAUUGCCUCCUCCUUCUUUCACUUCUUCCUCCUCCCUCUUCCUCUUCCUCCCUCUCUUCCUCUUUCUUAUUACCUCCUCUUCCUCCUCCUCUUAUCAUUCUUCUUCAUCUUCCUCCUUCCUCCUCUUUAUCUUUUUUCACUUCUUCCUCUUCCUCUUCUUACCUCCCUUCCUCCUCCUGCUCUUCCUCUCUCUAUCUCAUUCUCUCCCAUCUUCAUCUUUGUACAUUAUUUUUCCUAUCUUUUUUUUUUAUUUGUAAGAUUAUUAUUUUUUUCUCGCUCUCUUUUCUCUCUCUCUUUUUGCUGUUUUUUGUGCCAUAACUUCCUUUUGACAGCAAGUGAACUAUCUCACUCUCUCUCUCUAUUUCAGUCUUUAUUUCUCUCUCUCUCUUUCUCGCUCUAUUUCUCUCUCCGUUCGAUGUUUAUAAAUUGUAGAUAAGAAGAAAUCGCAGUAAAAUAGAUUAAAAUAAUGUGUACAAUAACUCUCUCUCUCUCUCUCUCUCUCUCUCUCUCUCUCUCUCUCUCUCUCUCUCUCUCUCUCUCUCUCUCCACCGACAACACAGACAGACAGACAGACAGACGAUAGUUUACGAAAGUCUAAAGAAAGAAAGGAAGGAAGGAAGAGAAGGGAAAGAAAGGGGAGGGGGGGGCUAGACCAGUACCCCACACACCAGUACUUAUACAUACUAGGGAGGGGCCUUGCUGUGGGGACUGAGGGGGGGGGGGCUGGAAAUGGUAAGAAAAAAUGGGCUCAGAAAGGGAGACUAAAAAAAUAUUCACGUCUGCUGCUGUUGCUGUUGUUGUUGUUGAUGUUUGUGUGUGCCAUGUGCUGUGUGUGUGUAUGUGUGUGUGUGUGUGUGUGUGUGUGUGUGUGUUUAGGGUGAAGUGAGCUAGAAUGUGUUAGAUGAAUUAGUGAAAAGGCCAGUUCUUGUUUGGUGUGUAUGUGUAUGUGUGUGUGUGUGUGUUUAUAGCUUAGUCAAGAGGAAAAAAAACAAGAGGUCAGUAACUUAAAUAAAACGGAAAAAAAACAUGUUCAUAGCUUAGUUAAAAAAUGACGCAAAAAGAAGGAACGUUCAGCUUAGGAAAGAGGAAGGAGAGGAAAAAGAAGUGGUUUAAGAGGAAAGAGAGGAGUAAGAAUGUAAGAAAAUGGAGUGACAAUCUGUAAUAUAAUAAUGACUGAUAUAAGAAUGGAAAGAGAUAGAGAUUGACUUGUACUCCUGAAAACUUGUAUAGGAAUGUUGGAAUGGAAAGAGACAGAGAUUGACUUGUACUCCUGAAAACUUGUAUAGGAAUGUUGGAAUGGAAAGAGACAGAGAUUGACUUGUACUCCUGAAAACUUGUAAAGGAAUGUUGGAAUGGAAAGAGACAGAGAUUGACUUGUACUCCUAAAAACUUGUAUAGGAAUGUUGGAAUGGAAAGAGACAGAGAUUGACUUGUACUCCUGAAAACUUGUAUAGGAAUGUUGGAAUGGAAAGAGACAGAGAUUGACUUGUACUCCUGAAAACUUGUAUAGGAAUGUUGGAAUGGAAAGAGACAGAGAUUGACUUGUACUCCUAAAAACUUGUAUAGGAAUGUUGGAAUGGAAAGAAACAGAGAUUGACUUGUACUCCUAAAAUCUUGUAUAGGAAUGUUGGAAUGGAGAUAAAACUUGGUAGGAAUAGAUGGAUGAACACUACAACACAUUAAACCCCAAGGAAUGCCUGCGUUCGUGUGCUGAAUAGAUGUGCAAGGGAGAGCAGAACACACCCAUCCACACUAACUAGGCGAUUAGGCCCUGCCCACUAUUCCCCGGCAGCCAAUAGUAUGAAUUACCCCUUCCUAGCAUCCACCAAUCACAUGCAAGCUGAGAGAGUGGGUGUGGCUUCUUUGUGUGCUAGCCAAUCAUAUGCUGUCUAGGGGAAAAGGGAGGGGCUUAGGAGGAAAAUGGGAGGGGCUUAGAGGGAAGGGGGUGGAGCAUAGAGAAGAAAAGGAGAGAAACUUGAAGAGAAGGGGUGGAGCUUAGAGGAAGGGGUGGAGUUUAUAGGGAAAGGGGUGGAGCUUAUAUGAAAGAGGGCGGAGCUAGAUAUAAAAGGGGGAGGGGCUUAUGGAUAUAAAGGGGGUGGAGCUUAUUUGCCUAGUUAGUGUGAAUGGAGUCUUAUACAUAGAUGUUGUGAAAGUCUUGUAAGGGUGUAUAUAGCAGGUUGUUAGUGCAUAGGCAGUUGUGUAAGGGUCAUUAAGAGAGAUGUCGUUAGGUAGCCAGGUAGUCUCGUUAAGGGGGCUGAGUGGACAGGUGAUUGUUGUUGUGGGUGUUAAGGAAGAGAUUGUGUAAAGGGUUUAGACAGACUGAUGUAGGAGUGGUGAUUGUUAUGAUAGUGUUUGUGAAAGUGAUUUUGUAUUGUAAGGUGAGAGUAGAAGAGCAACACACACACACACACACACACACAUUCAGUCAGCCAAGAGUCAUUUCACACACACACACACACACACACACACACACCAGUCAAUCAAACACCACUCAGGACAUAUAAAAAUUGUAACUAAAACAAGACAGAAGAAUACAGUUGAAGUUCGUGCUUGUCAUAAUGGAAAUAGGAAGAGAAUAAUAAUAAUAAUAAUAGUAAUAAUAAUAAUAAUAAUGCACCUAGGUGUAAGAGAGAGGAAGAAGAAGAAGAAGAGGAAGAAAUGUGACUGUCUGACUGAAGUAUAAAGAAUGAAAAGAUAGUAGACUGAAGAUAUAAGGAAGGAAAAGAUAGACUGGUGUAAGAGAGAGGAAGAAGAAGAAGAGGAAGAAAUGUGACUGACUAAAGUGUAUAAGGAAAGAAAAGAUAUUAGACUUAGGUGUUAAAAUUGAUAAAAUGUUUGUUGGGAAUGAGAUAGAAGGAAGAUGUGAAAAAGAGAUGAAAAUUGAACCUGUGAGUCUUAGAAGUUGUGAUAGAAAAUAAUGCAGAUAAAAUAAAAGCCCAAUAUUAACUUUGAAGCUACUGAAGAGAAUGAAAAAGAAGUUGAAGUUGAGGAAAAAGGUGAAAGACAUGAAAAAAAUUAAAUAGUCUUAGAAGUUGUGAUAGAAAAUAAUGCAGAUAUAAAAAACAGUCCAAUAUUAAAUUUGAAGCUACUAAAGAGAAAGAAAAAAGUUGAAGUUGGGCAAAAGGAUGAAUGACAGAAGAAAAAAGUGAAAUAGUCUUAGAAGUUGUGAUAGAAAAUAAUGCAGAUAAAAAAAGUCCAAUAUUAACUUUGAAGCUACUGAAGAGAAAGAAAAAGACAUUGAAGUUGAGCAAAAGGAUGAAAGACAGAUGAAAAAAGUUAAAUACAUAGUGAAGAAUGUUUGACGAAAGACGACUUUGUGAAUACUGAACAGAAAAAAUGUGAACUGAUGGAUGACAUAGUGGAGAAAUUUAUAUUGUGGAAACUUAAUAGGAAUGACUUGUAAAGAAUCAUUAACACUUUGCUGGGAAUGACUGGAGUGUAAGAAUGGAGACUGCUUGCUAUGAACAGAAAGAUCGAGAUUGAUUUAUAAUGUGAAAACCUUACGUAGGAAUGAGUGUACGAUAAAGACUGCUAGGAAUGACUGGAAUGUAAGAACGGAGACUGCUUGCUCGGAACAGAAAGAUCGAGAUAGAUUUGAAACGCAAAAACCUCAACUAGGAAUGACAGUGUAAAAUAUAGACUUGCUAGGAAUGACAGUAAUAUAGGAAUGGAAAGACAAUAAUAUGUGUACUGUGAAAAACUUGCAGUGUAGGAAUGACCGUGUAAUAUAGAAGCUUACUAGUAAUGAGUUUAAUAUAUAGCAAUGGAAAGGUAUAGAUGGAUUGUGUAAGAAUGAGAGUAAUACAAAAACAGAGAGAUACAGAUGGCUUAGUACUGUGGAAAACUUGUAUAGGAAUGAUCUUGUAAUGUGAAAACCAUGUGGAAAUGACUAAUAUAGGAAUGAAGGACAGAGAUUGACUUAUACUCCGAAAAAUUUGUAAGGGAAUGUUGAAAUGGAGAUAGAAAAACUUGAUAGGAAUACAUAGAUAAACAAUAUAUAUGAAUUUGUACUGUGAAAAACUUGCGGUGUAGGAAUGACCGUGUAAUAUAGAAGCUUACUAGUAAUGAGUUUAAUAUAUAGGAAUGAAAAGAAAUAUAGAUGGAUUGUGUAAGAAUGAGAUUAAUACAGAAACAGAGAGAGAUACAGAUGGUUUAGUACUGUGGAAAACUGAUAUAGAAAUGAUCUUGUAAUGUGAAAACCAUGUGGAAAUGACUAAUAUAGGAGUGGAGGACAGAGAUUGACCUAUACUCCGAAAAAUUUGUACAGGAAUGUUGAAAUGGAGAUAGAAAAACUUGUUAGGAAUAGAUAGAUAAACAAUAUAAAUGAAUUUGUACUGUGAAAAACUUGUGUGUAGGGAUGACUGUCUAAUAUAAAUGCUUACUAGGAAAGAGUUUAAAAUAGGAAUAGGAAAAAUAUAAAUGGAUUGUGUAAGAAUGAGAGUAAUACAGAAACAGAGAGAUACAGAUGGUUUAGUACUGUGGAAAACUUGUAUAGGAAUGAUCUUGUAACCUAAAAACUAUGAAGAAAUGACUAAUAUAAGAAUGAAGAAAGACAGAAAUGAAUUUGUACUCUGAAAACUUGUAUAGAAAUGCUGAAAUGGAGAUAGAAAAACUUGUUAGGAAUACAUAGAUAAACGAUAUAGAUGAAUUUGUACUGUGAAAACUUGUGUAGUAUAUAAAAAAACUUGCUAGAAAUGAGUUUAUAUAUAGGAAUGGAAAGGUUAGAUGGAUUGUGUAAGAAUGAGAAUAAUAUGAAAACAGAGAAAGAUAUAGAUUGACAUGUAAUACAGAGGAGUGUGUAAGAAUGACCUUGUAAUAUGAAAAAAAGAAAUGCUAGGAAUAAUUUUAAUACAGAAAUGGAAAGGUAUAGAUUAACUGUAUGAGAAUGAGAGUUAUAUAGAACAGGAGAAAGACUUAGAUGAAUUUGUACUGUGAAAAAUAUGUAGAAAUGAUCUUGUAAUAUAAAAAAAUGUACUAGGAAAGAGUUUCAAAUAGGAAUAGGAAAGAAAUAUAAAUGGAUUUGCACUCUGAAAAGCUUGUAUGGGAAGGUUGAGGAAUAGAUAAGACAAACGUACAGUAAUAGAUGAAUUUGUACUGUGAAAAAUAUGUAGGAAUGAUCCUGUAAUAUAAAAAAAUGUACUAGGAAAGAGUUUAAAAUAGGGAAGAAAUAUAAAUGGAUUUGUACUCUGAAAAGCUUGUUUAGGAAGGUUGUAAUGGAGAUAGAAAAGCUUGUUUGGAAUUGAUAGAUAAACGUUAUAGAUGAAUUUGUACUGUGAAUGACUGUGUACUAUGAAAUAAAAAAACUUGGUAGGAAUGAGUUUAAAAAAGAAAUGGAAAGGUAUAAAUGGAUUGUAUAAGAAUAGAGAAAGAUAUAGAAGGUUAAGUUAUGUGCAAAAUUUGUGUAGGGAUGACCAUGUACUUUAAAAAAAUUGCUAGGAAUGAGUUUAAAAUAGGAAUGGAAAGAAAUAUAGAUAGAUGGAUUUGUACUCUGAAAAGCUUGUAUAGGAAGGCUGAAAUGGAGAUAGAAAAGCUUGUUAGGAAUUGAUAGAGAUAAACGUUAUAGAUGAAUUUGUACUGUGAAUGACUGUGUACUAUGAAAUAAAAAAACUUGGUAGGAAUGAGUUUAAAAUAGGAAUGAAAAGAAAUAUAGAUAGAUGGAUUUGUACUCUGAAAAGCUUGUAUAGGAAGGCUGAAAUGGAGAUAGAAAAGCUUGUUAGGAAUUGAUAGAGAUAAACGUUAUAGAUGAAUUUGUACUGUGAAUGACCGUGUACUAUGAAAACUUGCUAUGAAUGACUGUAAUGUAAUGUAAUGUAAGGCUCCUGCCGGCUCAGAGAGGAGGGAGGUUCCACUGUACUGAUAGGGGCUACAACAACUCUUUUAGGCAUAUUACUGUACAUACUUAAGUGUAAGGCUUCAAAAAAACAGGACUAGUAGUUAGGAAGGAAUAAAAAUAAAAUGAAUAAAAAAUGGAUACACGA